AUGGCCUAUGCUGAGGAAGACAGAAAUAGCUAUGAGGUGUAUAAGGAAACAGCAGAUUGGCUACGUGCCCGUACCGUCCAGCGCCCAAAGACCGCCAUCAUCUGUGGGUCUGGACUGGGAGGUCUGGCUGAUGUGCUGGAUAACAAGACAGUCUUUCCGUACGAGGACAUCCCUCACUUCCCACGGAGCACAGUUGCAGGGCAUGUUGGCAGAUUGGUGUUUGGGGAGCUGAGCAGACAGCCCUGCGUGUGUAUGCAGGGACGCUUCCACUAUUACGAAGGAUAUUCUGUCAGCACGGUCACCUUUCCCAUCAGGGUCUUCUUUCUCCUGGGGGUGGAGAUCUUAAUUGUCACAAAUGCUGCUGGGGGACUGAAUCCCCACUUCCAAGUGGGGGACAUAAUGUUCAUAAGAGAUCACAUCAGCAUAUUUGGCUUGGGAGGGCAGAAUCCACUGCGUGGACCAAACGAUGAGAGGUUUGGAGAGAGGUUUCCCUGCAUGUCAGACGCUUACGAACAAGACCUGCUCGGCCUGGCCGUGGAGAGCGCGCAGGAGCUGGGCUUUCUGAGCUUCAUCCGAGAGGGAGUGUACUGUCUGCUGGCCGGUCCCUGCUAUGAAACCAUUGCCGAGUGCCGCGUGCUGCAGGCGCUGGGAGCGGAUGCUGUAGGCAUGAGCACUGUCCCAGAAGUAAUUGUAGCCAGGCACUGUGGCCUCCGAGUCCUCGGGAUCUCCCUCAUCACCAACAAAGUGGUGAUGAGCUACAACAGUCAAGAGAAAGCCAACCACGAGGAAGUGCUGCGCGUCUCGGUGGUCCGGGCUGAAGCCCUGCAGAAACUGGUCACGCACCUCCUUGGCAAGCUGGGGGAAAGCACAAACUCUCUGUGA